AUGUCAAGGUCCGGAUCUGGUGGUUCAGACGGUAGGAGAGACUCAGAUGAAGCAGCUGCAGACGACUACAUUGUUGGAGAAGAGGGAAAGCUUCGGGAUGUAACCAAAACUGUUGUUCCCGAGUCAGUGUUGAAGAAGAGAGGGAUAGGGAAGCAUGACAUCAUCUAUGUGGACGAUCUGAUCCCACAUUUGGAGGUUAAUGUGAGUGGCUUCCCAUCUGAGGUGAACGCAAUGGAGGUUAGACAGCUUUUCGAGAGUAUCACUGGUUGGGGAACUAUUCACGCGAUCAGGCUUAAAAAGACUAAGCAUGGUGAAAAAUUUUAUGCGCUGGUUCAGUUUGAACAAGAGACACAUGCGAAUAAUCGCCUCACGCAAUCCACCGAAGUCAACACACCCUAUCGUCUCAAUUUUCAUGAAUGGAAAUAUGAAAUUGACAGUAAAGACAAAGCUUCUAUGGAACAUUAUAUCGACGGUUUACUCAUGCAUUUUGGAUUAUUGGCGACACCAGAGAAAUUCAAAUACCUGUACAGUGCUGGUUGUUCGUUUGGAAGUGGUAACCAGAACCUGCAUUUCUCGGCGCAUUUGAGUGAAGACUACCGAAUGGAGCUGCCUUAUGAAAACAUCGGCCCAAAUUCUGUUUUUGAUGUCGACUACACCGUUCGUCAGGAACAGUUUCGGUUCUUCAGCGAGGCACUCCGAGUCAACAAACUGAAGGCUUACGUGGAUAUGAUGAUUACUGAAGCUGAAGGUUUCUUCUCCAACUGGGGAGAGAGUGGUGAAGUUGAUCUUAAGGAAGAGCUAGACAGUCUCAUCAUCUUGACUGCAAGUAGAUGUCUACUGGGUCGAGAAGUACGUGACCAGCUUUUUGAUGACGUCACUGCUUUGUUCCAUGAUCUUGACAAUGGAAUGCUUCCCAUAAGUGUUCUCUUCCCAUACCUCCCUAUUCCAGCUCACCGUCGUCGCGACCGUGCUCGUGUAAAGCUUUGUGAGAUUUUCUCAAACAUCAUGUUGUCGAGAAAACACUCUGGCAAAACAGAGAACGACAUGUUGCAGUGUUUCAUCGAGUCAAAGUACAGAGACGGUAGACAGACAACCGAAUCCGAGGUAGCGGGUUUGCUCAUCGCUGCUCUCUUUGCAGGACAGCAGACGAGCUCUAUCACUUCCACGUGGGCCGGUGCUUAUCUGAUGAAAUACAAAGAGUACUCGUCCGCUGCCUUGGAUGAGCAGAAGAAGCUGAUUGAGAAACAUGGAGACAAGAUUGAUCACGACAUCUUAUCCUCGGAGAUGAAUGUUCUCUACCGUUGCAUUAAGGAAGCGUUGAGGCUUCACCCUCCGUUGAUCAUGCUGAUGAGAGCCUCCCACAGUGAUUUCAACGUAACAACCAGGGAUGGGAAAACGUAUGACAUCCCAAAGGGUCAUAUCGUUGCAACCUCGCCUGCUUUUGCAAACCGCUUGCCGCAUGUCUUCAAGAACCCGGACAGCUACGACCCGGAUAGAUUCUCCCCGGGAAGAGAAGAGGACAAAGCCGCAGGGGCAUUUUCGUACAUUUCAUUCGGUGGAGGUAGGCACGGGUGUCUUGGAGAGCCCUUUGCUUACCUUCAAAUCAAAGCCAUAUGGAGUCAUUUGUUGAGGAACUUUGAGCUUGAGUUGGUUUCACCCUUCCCUGAGAUGGACUGGAACGCUAUGGUGGUUGGCAUUAAAGGCAAUGUGAUGGUGCGUUAUAAGCGGCGUCAACUUGUCUUAGAUUACCGUUGUUUUUGCAACCUUUGGUUUCUGUAUUUGUCUCUCUCUCUCUCUCUCUGGUUUUAGUUAUGUGG